CUAUCCCAUUGUUGGUAUCAUUGCUGCCACGAUUGGUCCUACAUAAUGAUAAUGGGAAAUUAUGGCAUCAAAUGACUUUUCAGGAAUUUUCUCUAUCGCUCCAGGGAUUGCUUCCGUUUUUUCUUCUACUUCUGCGAGAGAGAUGCGCUUCCUCUAUGUAAGGGAUUGUCGGCUAAAAAUCUCUAAAUCUAAUGUCGUCGAAUCUCCCUGGGAAAAUUCAGUAAUCCAACCCUGGAAGACUAGACUCGGUUUACGCUCCCCUCCUCAUGUAUAAAUUCUGCCCAAUGCUCUUCUCUUUUUCAUUCCUUUCCCUCUUCCCUCCCUUCGUCGGAAUCAUCACUCUUUUCCCCUUAGCAUAGCCUACCCGUCCAACUCUCCUUCUUCUAGUCUCAACCAAUCUCAUUCCACAAAUGUCUUCCACAUACGCGCUCAAUCGCCCUCCUUCCCCUGGUGCUCACUCCCAAUCAUCCACGUUCAUUUCCUCGACUGCCACCGCCGUUGGUUCUACUAACGGUUCCAUCGGUUGGCGUUCCUGGACGAAACCAAAGACCUAUCGCUAUUCUUUGAGCGCGUUUUCAAAUUUCCCAAAACGACUCUUUUCACCUCCUGAACCGGGUGUACCUUUGCUUGCGACGGUGGGAUCGUUCUCGUUGAAGCCUGCUUAUGAGAUUAGACUCGAGGAUAUCUUAGCUGGAAAGCAUCAGCCUCCGUUGGGAUUGAAGGAUUUUGAGGAAUGGCUGAUGUUUCGCGAGCUUUCGGUUGAGAAUCUCUACUUCCUCCAAUGGCUCCAAGAAUACACCAACCAUUACAACAGUGGGAACGCCUCAUCUUCUCAACUCUGGUUCACGUUCCUUCGAGCGAAAGCAUCGUUCUUUGUGCCCAAUGGUUCACUGGAGCUGAAUCUACCUUCCCACAUUGUCAAGGAAAUUGCAGCCAUCUCGCUCGCGAAUUCAACUACAUCCUCAGGUUCAGCCACCACCCCGCCGCCGUCUCCAACCUCUGCCUCUGCCAAUGCUGCUGCCAUCACUGUCACUUCUCCCACCAAGGUCACUUCCGCAGCAAUGUUCGGUUCCACUCCUAACACACGUGUGGGAUCUCAAGCGCCUCCACCUCCACCUUCGGCUUUCCAUGCAUCCAAAAAAGCUGUCGAGGCGAUGUUGAGCGUGAGUUUGUCUAAAUUCGUGCAGCAGUCGAUGGGGAACGCGGAUGCGCCUCGGAGCGUGUAUUGUACGGGUUUGGCAUUGGGGACGAUCGCCAUGGGAUUGAUCCCAACUAUAUUGGGAUUCGUGAUGAUUGGCGGAAGAGUCUUGCUGAGAAGCAGGUGGUGGAGGUUGUUGGGGCUGCCGUUCUUUUGGCAAGGGAUCGUCGUUAUGCUUUGUUCUUAUGCGAGGAUUUGUAUGAUCAUCUAUUUCUGGGGUGAUUAUCGACAGUUGCACGGCUACGAGUUGGACAUGCCGUCUAUUGCUCCUGGUCCUCUCAUCAGCAAGACGACCACGACGACCGUCACCAAUUCCAAGGAUGGAUCUACGGAUCCUACUAGUCCGCGUUCAAAGUUGACGUAUCCUCCUCCUACAUCUCAACCAACUAUUCAGGAGGAAGACUUUGGAUGCCAGGGUGUUCAUGAAGAGGACGAUACGAAAGAAGGUUACAAAGUCGAUGUUGAGGCUCAGAUGGAUACGCUCAGUCCACCAGUGUCUUCUUCACCUACACGGCACGUACUCAACUUUGCGAGUCAACCUUCUAUGCAGAGCAUCAAUUCUGCUUACAUGGAAGGUCUAGAGGAUGGAAUCGUGGAACUGAAGGGUGAAGAUGAAGAAGAGUCGGAUGAUUUGAAAUCUAACAUCAUGGCGAGAAAGGGUCCUCCCGCUCCAUCUCCGUUCCUCCCCCUCUCCAAUCACUCAAUUCACAUACCCGCGUUUCGAACGCAUCAUCAUCAUCAUCAACCCCAAAUCAUCGCUCUUUCUCCCACUUCGGUAGCCAUGAACGCCGCCUUUUUCGACUUUGAUUCUCUCGUUCCAACUUCCCCCAACAGUACAGGUCAACCCGUCGUCGAAAGAAGUUCUCGUACUUCGUCCUCAUCCUUCUCGUUCUUCUCCCGUCGGAAGAAGGCCUCCCAUCGCCCGACGUCUUCUUUGGGCUUUAGCUUCAAUGCCAACUCACCUCAGGUUCACGCCCUCGGCUCGAAGAAGCGCUUGUCAUCGAUUCGAACGACGAAACGAAGGUCUUUCGUUACGAGACAGGUGGUUCAGGUCUUUGCGCCUGUGACGAAAAUCGUUAGUCCGAUCGUGCAAAGAGCGAUUUGGACUUGCGUGAUGAGGAGUAGCGCUUGGGCUUGCGUCUUUGCGGUUUUGUUUGCGAUCGCGUUGAUCGUGAUUCCUGAAAAGCGUUAG